AUGAAAACUGUGCAAUUACCCGGAUUCCCCGAUCAGAAGACCUUCGUUCGUCUUUUGACAGUGUCGGACCUGAAAGAAUGUAUCGAAGUUGAGAGCGCAUUCCCACCACAGGAGCGAUGUUCUCAAGAAAAGUUCAUCUAUCGCCUGACGGUGUGUCCAAAGCUAUGUCUGGGAUUAUUUGUUGAGAAGUCCAAUGGGCCGAAGCUCAUCGGGCAUGUUAUCGCGACCCGGAUUCCGGGAAACAGAGUCACGGACGGAUCAAUGGAAAUGCCGGAUAGAUGGACCGGUAGUUGGGAGUGUGUCAAGUUGAGUGGAGAGGUUAUUGGGAAUGAUCCCGAGGGUCGAUUCUUGGGUGUGCAUUCCCUUGCUGUGCGGUCUGAUUGUCAGGGGAAUGGAGUUGGGAGGGCUUUGAUGAAUGAGUAUAUCUCUUAUGUUGGGGGGUCAGUUGAGUCUAAGGAGAGUAUUGUGAUUAUUGCGCAUGAUCAUUUGAUUAGGUUUUAUGAGAGUUUUGGGUUUAAGAACCUUGGGCCAAGUCCUUGUGCUUUUGGGGGUGGUGGAUGGUUUGAUAUGGAAUUGGUUGUUUGA